AUGGUUCGGAUGGAGUGCGAGCGGUGGGCGCACAAGGGGAUCAACAUCACGUACCAGAUCCGGGAGGACCGCAAGGGGUACAAGGCCGGCGCGCUCAAGGCCGGGAUGAAGCACGGGUACGUGCGCGAGUGCGAGUACAUGGUCAUCUUCGACGCCGACUUCCAGCCGGACCCCGACUUCCUGCACCGCACCAUCCCCUACCUCCACCACAACCCGGAGAUCGCCCUCGUCCAGGCGCGAUGGCGCUUCGUGAACGCGGAUGAAUGCCUGAUGACGAGGAUGCAGGAGAUGUCCUUGGAUUACCACUUCAAAGUGGAGCAGGAAGUGAGCUCCUCCGUCUGCGCCUUCUUCGGCUUCAACGGAACCGCCGGUGUGUGGCGCAUUGCUGCAGUGAAUGAAGCAGGGGGCUGGAAGGACAGGACCACCGUGGAGGACAUGGAUCUAGCUAUCCGGGCCAGCCUCAAGGGAUGGAAGUUUGUCUACCUCGGCGAUGUUCAGGUUAAGAGUGAACUCCCCAGCACUUUCAAAGCCUUCCGGUUUCAGCAGCACAGAUGGUCAUGUGGUCCAGCAAACCUGUUCAGGAAGAUGCUGGUGGAGAUUGUGACAAAUAAGAAAGUGACAAUCUGGAAGAAGUUUCAUGUCAUCUACAAUUUCUUCUUGGUGCGCAAGAUCGUUGCCCACAUUGUGACAUUCACCUUCUACUGCAUCAUCAUCCCGACAACCAUCUUUGUCCCUGAGGUUCAUAUACCGAAGUGGGGUUGCGUCUACAUUCCCACAAUCAUCACUCUUCUCAACUCUGUUGGAACUCCCAGGUCUUUUCACUUGCUUUUCUUCUGGAUCCUCUUCGAAAACGUCAUGUCGCUGCAUAGAACCAAGGCCACAUUGAUUGGCUUGUUAGAGGCAGGCAGGGCGAAUGAAUGGGUCGUCACGGAGAAGCUCGGCAGCGCCAUGAAGAUGAAAUCUGCUAACAAAGCAUCAGCCAGGAAGUCAUUCAUGAGGAUGUGGGAGAGCGAGUACGUCCCCGUGGUUAUGGGGAGCAGGAUGUCUGCUUCCAAGUCGAAUGUAAUACUAAUAGUAUAA